UCGAGCUCUCCUUUUGAAACUUGUUAGCUGACACGCAAGAGCGUGCGUUCUGCCUGUUUUACAACAAUUUCGGACUAGUUCGCAGCCAUGUCGCGUAGAAAAGACAACGAGGAGACAGACAAGCAGACCCGUAUUGCCAUUGUCAGCGAUGACAAGUGCAAACCAAAACGGUGUCGUCAGGAGUGCAAGAAAUCCUGCCCAGUGGUGCGCAUGGGCAAGCUGUGCAUUGAGGUGACACCCACGUCUAAGAUAGCCUCAUUGUCCGAGGAACUGUGCAUCGGUUGUGGUAUCUGUGUCAAGAAAUGCCCAUUUGAGGCCAUCACAAUCAUUAAUUUGCCCAGCAAUCUGGAAAAGCACACAACUCAUCGGUAUAAUAAAAACUCCUUUAAGCUGCAUCGUUUGCCUAUACCGCGUCCGGGCGAAGUGCUUGGUCUUGUUGGCCAAAAUGGUAUUGGCAAGUCAACGGCCCUGAAGAUCCUGGCUGGCAAGCAAAAGCCCAAUUUGGGUAAAUUCGCUAGUCCACCCGACUGGACGGAAAUCCUUGCCUAUUUCCGUGGCUCAGAGCUGCAGAAUUACUUUACCAAGAUAUUGGAAGAUAAUUUAAAGGCUUUAGUCAAGCCGCAGUAUGUCGAUCAGAUCCCAAAGGCGGUGCGUGGUCAAGUUGGUGAAUUGCUGGACAAGAAGAAUGAUCUGAACAUUCAGACCAAGAUAUGCGAGAUGCUGGACCUGUCGCACAUACGAGACCGUGAUAUAGCCCAGCUGUCUGGAGGAGAAUUGCAGCGAUUUGCCAUUGCCACUGUGUGUAUACAGGAUGCGGAUAUCUUCAUGUUUGACGAGCCGUCUUCGUAUUUGGAUGUCAAGCAGCGUCUUAAUGCUGCCCUUACCAUACGCUCGCUGCUCCAUCCCACCAAAUUCAUUAUUGUUGUGGAGCACGAUUUGUCUGUGCUGGAUUACCUGUCUGAUUUCAUUUGCUGCCUUUAUGGUGUCCCUGGUUGCUAUGGAGUGGUCACUAUGCCCUUCUCUGUGCGCGAAGGCAUCAAUAUUUUCCUAGACGGUUUUGUACCCACGGAGAAUAUGCGUUUCCGCACGGAAUCCCUUACGUUUAAGGUCUCCGAAUCAGCUACAGAAGAGGAAAUUAAGCGUAUGAAUCAUUAUGUUUAUCCAUCCAUGGUCAAGACACUCGGCAAAUUCGAGCUUACUGUGGAAAAAGGCCAUUUUAGUGAUUCGGAAAUUUUGGUUCUGCUCGGCGAAAAUGGUACUGGAAAGACGACAUUUAUUCGAAUGCUUGCUGGAAAUCUGCAACCAGAUGGUGAAGUGGAGCUGCCCAUGUUGAAUAUCUCGUACAAACCGCAAAAGAUUUCCCCCAAAUUCCAAAACCAUGUACGUCAUUUAUUGCAUGACAAGAUUCGUGAUGCCUAUGUGCAUCCGCAGUUUAUAGCGGAUGUUAUGAAACCCAUGAAGAUUGAAGAAAUCAUGGAUCAGGAGGUACCCAACCUAUCUGGUGGUGAGUUGCAGCGUGUGGCAUUGGUUCUAUGUCUGGGCAAACCAGCAGAUGUAUAUCUUAUUGAUGAGCCCUCCGCCUAUUUGGAUUCCGAGCAACGUCUGGUGGCUGCCAAGGUUAUCAAGCGUUACAUUUUGCAUGCCAAGAAAACGGGCUUUGUUGUAGAGCACGAUUUCAUUAUGGCCACCUACCUCGCUGACCGUGUCAUUGUGAUCGAAGGUCAGCCCUCAGUCAAGACCACGGCAUCUACGCCACAAUCGUUGUUGAAUGGCAUGAACCGUUUCCUAGAACUGCUCGGCAUCACCUUCCGUCGCGAUCCCAAUAACUUCAGGCCGCGCAUCAAUAAAAAUAACUCUGUUAAAGAUACGGAACAGAAGCGUUCCGGUCAAUUCUUCUUUUUGGAGGAUGAGGCUUCGAAUUAAGACACACACACACACACGUACAUAAUUUCAGUUCAUCCGCCGUCAACAAUACAGAUUGAACUGGACAACUGGAUUCUUUGUUAAUUCUUCUCUUCUAACUUCUCCUUUCCACUCUAUGUUAAUUUUGUCUAUUUUGCUUUUUUUUUGUAAUGAACAAUGAGCCCAGAAAUUCGUUUUCACUCUAUUUUGUUAUUGUUUUUUUUCAAAGACAAUUGUACAAUCGCCAACAAAAGUAAACUUUUUAUAUAUGUAUUUACAGCGAAAACAAAAUAAAGCAAAGCCUAGCAAUGGUUUUUUGUCAGCAAUUGCAGGAGUAGGUAAAAACAAUAAAUUAAUUUACUUUAUAGAAAACGGCAAA